GCGAUACGUGUCUAAUACAAAUUUAAUUGUUUAAUUGUCGACAUAGAACAUUGAAUGGUAAGUGCUCGGAAGAUGAAACCAGAGAACCAACUUACAAUACAUAAGUGAAUGCAUUUAAUGUUGAGAUGUGAUUUCGACAGUUUCAUUUUCGUUAGAUUGUCUUAGAUUACCUAUAGGCAUCAAAAUUACUUGUCAUCCAUAUCAGUGAACUUCGUUUAUCUAGACGCGACUACUAAAACGGCGGCCGGAAUAUAAACGCACUUAUUGAGCAAACUGGCUCUGGCCUUAAUGUUUGCUUGAAGUUCAUUGAACAAUGACGUAAUGUGUUUCCUCGUUUGAAACUAGGAGCUUCCUUUUCAAUAUCAUUUGCAUUGAGGUAAUCAGAGACACUGCAUCCCGGAGACAUGGAAUGUUUUGUUCAAUAUUGUAACUGUUUGAUGAGCACGAUAAACACGAAGGCAACAGGAGCAGGCGCACGUAAAACAAUCGUGAUGGUAUCCCUGCUGACACACUGAAGUCACAAUUGUCUUGGGUAAUAUUCUGUUCACACACAGGCUUUGGAUUUCAUAACCGCACUUGCUCGUUCUUUUCGUUAAAGUUAUUAUUCCCGUCGAAUAUAAUAAACAAAUCAUUUGCACUCAAUCCGUAGGCUUGUAUUUUGAGAUGUGAUAUUUGAAAACAGAAUAAACACGACGGUCAUAGUAGGAGCACUUUCGGCAAACAUUCGCUAUCGUAUCCUAACAACGUUUGUAAGUCACAAGUCCUCGUUAAUCAAUCUGUUCACAUGGAUUUCAUAAGCGCACUUAUUAGCUCGUUCUUUUCGUUCGUUUAAUUGCGUUUGUUAUUAAAACACCUUAACCGAAGUGAGAGAAUGGUUAUGAAUUUGAAUCUUAGCUGGGCAUGGGGCAAUGAGACUUUGCGGCCUGAUGGACGUGCUUGGUUCUGCAUUUAUGCAUUCACUGGUGUGAUCGGUAUCUUUGCGAACGUUUUGGUGCUGGUAGUGUUCCUUCGGAAUUUGCCUGGCCACCGAAAUAUUACUGCUAAAUUAAUCAUCCACCAAUCAAUAAUCGAUUUGAUGUCCAGUGUUGUAUUUCUACCGUUUUAUAUCAUUCCGGAGGGAUGGCUGAUACAAAACGAAGAUGCAGGCGAAGUUUUUUGUAAAGCUCGCACUAUUUUCUGGGUUCUAGCCACAUCAUCAACUACCAACCUCGUAUUUAUUACAAUAGAACGGUACUAUGCUAUUGUUUAUCCUAUCAAACACUAUGUUCAUUUCAAAAACGGAAAGUUUUAUCAAGCUCUGCCGAUAAUAUAUAUAUACGGGUUCCUGGGAAUGGGUCAUCUCGUAUUUGUUGCGGAUAUUAAUGAAAAUUAUUAUUGCUAUUAUAAUUGGGAAGAGACAAGUGAAAAUCUCCAGUUUAUUAUUGGAAUUAUAAGCUUCUGUUUUACAUGGUUGAUCCCGACUUCAAUAAUUAUCUAUGUUUACGCAACGAUUAUUUUUACGUUGCGCAAUAUGCACCGCGGAUUUCCGGACGGUGGCGGAACCGUUGGUAGUCGACGGCGGUACCUUGCUCAGAAAAACCUCAUCAAUACAUUCAUUGCCGUGUCCGUAGCUUAUGCCGUUUGUUGGACACCCGACAUGUUUCUCUACCUUACUUUCAAUGUUACGUCAUCUAGUUACCCAGAUAUGGAUGGUAUUGCUCAUCGCAUAACUGUGUUUUUGUCUGUCUGUAAUAUGGUUGUUAAUCCGUUCAUAUACGCAUUUAAAUACCGAGAUUUUAAGACUGGAUUGUCUAAAAUGUUUAGUGAUAUAAAGGUAACAUCGAGAGGAAAUUAAGAACAUGAUGAAAAAAAUGUCAUGAUGUCUGUACAGAUUUUUAGUUCGGACAAAGAAUCAACCUGAUAUACGUGUUAUAUAAUUCAUAACUAAAACAGUUUUGUGAUGUAUGCACCUGUAAUAUUGUACUUAAUAAUGUAGGCAUUGCUGUUAUUUUUUACACGGCAUAGUGCAAUCAAGGAUCUGUUUUCGCGAGUCGAAUGAUUCGUCAGUCGCAUAAUAUUUACUGGUAUUCAUUUAUUUAUCAAAACUUGUCUAGGCAGGGUUACAUAUAACAGAACAAACAUUUUGUAUCCUUGCUUAUGAAAUAAACGGUAAAAAUACUAAUUACCGCUAUGAUAUUAAUAUUGAAUAGAGGGGUUUUGCUAAGUCUUUACAUAAGAUUGCCGGUUUGUGUAUAGGCAUAGAUCUUGUUUAUCCAUGCUAAUGAAACUUAUGAUAACAGACCUUCAAUAUCAAAUAUCGUGAUUAUA